AUGUUUGCCCUCAGACCUCGUGUUCCACAAACUUUCCGUUUAUUCAGAAACCACCCCCAAUUAGCAAGAAUGUCUACUGCUCCAUCCGAACUCCAAAUCGAAGUCAUUUCCCCAGGUGACGGCGUCAACUUCCCAAAGCCAGGCGAUCUUCUUACUGUUCACUACACUGGUACCUUGACCAACGGCAAGAAAUUCGAUUCCUCUGUCGACAGAAACAAGCCUUUCCAAUUCAGAAUUGGCCAAGGUAUGGUCAUCCAAGGAUGGGACCAAGGUUUUGCAAAAUUAUCCCUUGGCGAAAAGGCUAGACUUACCGUGCCACCACUCAUGGCAUACGGUAACAGAGGCUUUCCUGGUCUUAUCCCUCCAAUGUCUACCUUAAUCUUUGACGUCGAACUAUUAAAGAUCAACUGA